AUGCUUCAAGGUAAGUUUAGUUCUUAAAUGUUGAACUUCCUGGAACUUGUUGAUGAAAGGGUGGAGACCUGUUGCCCUCCAGUCUUUUGGACUACAACUUCCAUCCUCCCUCUCAAUUGUCCACGCUGGCGAAGGAUUAUGGGAGUUGGUGUCCAACAAUGUUUGAAAGACCACAGGUUCUCCAACCCUGUGCGUGAAUGGCUACGGUCCAAAUGCAUACACAAGACUUAUCCAUUGAUAUAUCACAGGGAACCCUCUUUCCUUUUGAGGGUUCCAUUUUCUCAGGGUUAAUCUCUCAGGGUCCGGAACCAAAUUGGGCAGGAUUAGAGCCCAAAGCUGUCAUAACUAGAAGGUGAAUUUUGUGAAGUAGGCAGAGCUUUUGGACGAAGCUGGUGACCUUAAGAGAAUCUAAUGAUGAGUGUUUUAUGGAAGAAUGGAUGUCUUUUUCGUGUUAAUCAAAGAAAUAUUAUAGCAUGAUGAACUCGCGAGCGGGAUUUCAGCAGUGAGCAACAGAAGUAACAGAAUUUCUGAAUGUCGCUGCUUUUCUCUUUUUAAAAAAUAAUAAUAAUAUUGUUUUAUUUUUUUAAAAAAAAAUUAAAAAUAUUUUUAAAAAAUUAUUGAUAUUUCAAAAUAAAGUGAAAUAACAACCCCCCGAACCAACAUUACUUUCCCCCCACUCCUAUCCUCCAAAUACAGGUUCCUUAUGGGGUGUUGUAUUUUUUUUAUUGCUUUUAUGUGAUCCAGUAAAUAUAUAUCUAUAUAUUAAGUGGUUUGAAAACUUUCAUAGAUAAAUAAAUAAAAUAGGCAGAGGGUUGCAGGUCCCCUUUCCCUGAUGUAUGUGACUGAUGAAGUGGAGCUUCGGUUUUGAGUUGCUAAUGUUUACUGUCCUGCACUGCUAUCUGCAGGCUCAGUCUACAGGCACCAAUCCAACUAAAGUUAACCCUGAACAAGACACGUUUAAACCUAUGCAACAUGCUUGUUGUGACUCUCUUUUUAGUCCUACUGCUUUCAAGGGGGCUUGUUUAAAUGAGCUGGGCUCAAAGGGCUUUUACUUUCAUUGUACUAUGUAUCUUUUUUUAAAGCUUUAAAGGUAAAGGUAAAGGGACCCCUGACCGUCAGGUCCAGUCGCAGACGACUCUGUGGUUGUGGUGCUCAUCUUGCUUUAUUGGCCGAGGGAGCCUGCAUACAGCUUCUGGGUCAUGUGGCCAGCAUGACUAAGCUGCUUCUGGCGAACCAGGGCAGCGCACGGAAACGGCAUUUAUCUUCCCGCUGGAGUGGUACCUAUUUAUCUACUUGCACUUUGACGUGCUUUCGAACUGCUAGGUUGGCAGGAGCAGGGACGGAGCAACAGGAGCUGACCCCGUCGCGGGGAUUCGAACCGCCGACCUUCUGAUUGGCAAGUCCUAGUCUCUGUGGUUUAACCCACAGCGCCACCCGCGUCCCCCUUUUUUAAAGCUUUACCACACUGCAAUAGGUUCUGAAAUAGGCAUAUUUUAGUCGGAAUAAAGCCUUGAUGCUAAUGCCAUCAAGGUGAUGCUCCGCCAGAUUUGCAGAAUUCAAAGUGUGGGGGUUUUUUAUCAGCAAAGCAUUUGGGCUCUUUUAAUGGAGAGAUGAAGACCUCCUGGCCAUAGCCAUGAACAGAGUAGACAUCAGCAACAUCUUCCACCCACCUUUUGGGGCUGGUUGGGGGGCAGAAAUAAGUGUCAUGGCACCAACCUCUAGACUGGAUUAUCCAUUCAUAUCAGAGGCGUCAGUUGGAUGGAUAUGAAAAUGUGUCAGGAUCAAAACCCUCCCUCCCUUUUGCAGCCAGAUGGACGGGGUAUAAUUAAUAAAUUAUAAUAAUAAUUAUUAUUGACCAUCAUUGCCAUUGAUCUGAGUAAGUGAUGCUCAGAUGCCAGUGACCUUGUAGCUUGCGUAUCUUGCAUUGCUAUUCUUGGUGAUGUCCACGCAGGAAUGGGAUUCUGUGCCAUGUUGGUUCUCCAAAGACUUGGCCACGAAAAAGCGCUUUACAUGCAUUGUAUAUGCAUUAUAGCACUGUGUGGCACCAGAUGGCGCUGUGGAGUUCCGUUUUUGCCAACCCGAUUUCUCAUACAACGUUUCCAACACGUUUCACUGAAACGCUUCUUUGACGUGUCUAGAGAUCCAGCCCAAGUAACAGUGCAAUAAAAUAAAAUAAGGCUCCCUUACAAAGCAAUUGUCUCCGUGUAAAUGGGUGUCAGGAAUGAGCCAGCUCCAAGCAAAGGUUUGCAGCCAACUGCAGAAAGCAGCCAGGAACAGAGAGGCUUAGAUGAUAGUCAGGCAGGGGAGACUUCCUCACCUUGAUGGGCUGGCUGAUAAGGCAGUAGCUGAGAGCAGACUAGAACACAGCCAAAGCUCUCAGGAAGCACAAAUAGGCACAAAUAGACUCAGCCUCUCAGACCCGGAAGAGGUUGGAGCUGAUCCACUAAGUCUGAAGAGUCAGCAGAUGGGAGGGCUGCUAGAUAGGAAGCAAAAUGAGAGCCGUAAGUGCAGUAUCCUCUGUCAUGGCUGGAAGAAGUCUUCAGAAGGGUCAUCUUGAAUAAUGAUGCUGGAGGCUUUGCCAGAGUCGUCCGGAGCUAUCUGUUUCUUUUUGCAAUAAAUUCUCCUUUUUAAUUACCUACGCUUACUGUGUUAUCAAGCUGGGAAUCUGGACUCCUGACAGUGGGUGAUUAACAGGGAGUUAAACCACUCUUUGACUCUAAGCAUCUCCAAACUUACCUGGUGGAACCAGACACCCCAAUCUUGAACCGUCAGUUUGUAGAUGUGCAAAGCACCGCUAUUUAGAUGGUUAGACCAUCUCUUCAAGUGCAGAGGCAGUGAAAUAUCACUUCCCAGCAGAAUCUAACAUCAAAACACUUACUUGUUGUUGUUUAGUCAUUUACUCAUGUCUGACUCUUUGUGACCCCAUGGACCAGAGCACGCCAGGCACUCCUGUCUUCCACUGCCUCCCACAGUUUGGUCAAACUCAUGCUGGUAGCUUCGAGAACACUGUCCAACCAUCUCAUCCUCUGUCGUCCCCUUCUCCUUGUGCCCUCCAUCUUUCCCAACAUCAGGGUCUUUUCCAGGGAGUCUUCUCUUCUCAUGAGGUGGCCAAAGUAUUGGCCAAACACUUACUUAUUGAGGAAAAUUUCUGUCACACCACCAUUUAAUCUGCUUUCAGGCCAGGGCUCUUUCCUCGAACGUAUGAAAGAAGAAGUAAAAGUGCUCCUGAGCAGGCGCAGAAUGCAUUUCCCUACACCAAUGAAUAACAGAUACAUCAGGGAUUCGGGCUUCUAGAUGAGAAGUUGAAAUUUCCAGGCAAAUUUGAGCCAGCAUUUCCCUUUCAAAGCUUUAUACGAUAAUGGAUAAAUUCUUCAAAGGAAAGGCUAGAGAGGCCAUGAGGUUGCGUAAGUGCUGCACUUCUUUGAACUUCUGCAUUUUGCCUGAGCAAAAAAGAGCAUCCAGCCACAGCCCCCAGGUCCUUUAAAUUGCAGGCUGCAAAAGAGUAGUCUAUUGCCAUGGUUACGUGGUCAAGAGGCUGGCUUUGGUCAUGCAAGACUCCUUGUCAGGUAUUGGCUUGGACACUAAGUGAGACAGAAGAGUGGGCACCGGGAAGAAGGGGGGUUGGAGACCGACUUAGGGAUCAGUGAUCUGGGGGGGCCUGUUACAGCCAGGAGACGAGAGGCAGAGGCAGGAGAAGCUGUCGGAGAGUGAAUUAGAGGGGCAGGAGGAGAGGUCAGGUUGGCGCAGAGUCAAGGGCUUCCUAACCUCUUCCUCCUUCUGCCCCCAGCUCUCCUGCUCCACUGCCUCCCAGGACCAGGCGAGAGGGAGAAGCAGAAAUUGGUUACAUGCAGGGGGAAUCUUCGCCUGCUUGCGUGCAGCUUGUGUGGAGGAGAUACAGAAGCUGAGGUCGGUGGAGCGGGACCUCUCCCUUGUGUCAACCGCCUCAUUGGGUUCACACCAUGGAGCAGCUGAGAGACAUAGGACCAAUAGACGUGCCUUUUCCUAACUUGGAAGUGUACUUUCUAUUUCUGCCUAGUAUGCACCGGUAGCCCUUAGGACACAGAGGGCAGGGGAUGGAGGUGAAAUCCAGCCCAGCUUGAAUUGAGUCUGGAAGCCAGGUUCUAGGCUGGGUAGAGUAAUCUCUGGAUAAGUCCAGUCUGUCCCAAUCUGGUAUAGUUCAGAAAAGGGUUUCAAGGCACAGAAUCGCACAGAAUCACAGAAUUGUGGAGUUGGAAAGGACCCUGAGGGGCAUCUAAUCCAGCCUCGGUCCAGUAUACCUGAAGGAGCGUCUCCACCCCCAUUAUUCUGCCCAGACACUGAGGGCCAGCGCUGAGGGCCUUCUGGCAGUUCCCUCGCUGCGAGAAGCCAAGAUACAGGGAACCAGGCAGAGGGCCUUCUCGGUAGUGGCACCCGCCCUGUGGAACGCCCUCCCACCAGAUGUCAAAGAGAACAACAGCUAUCAGACUUUUAGAAGACAUCUGAAGGCAGCCCUGUUUAGGGAAGCUUUUAAUGUUUAAUAGGUUAUUGUAUUUUAAUAUUUUGUUGGAAGCCGUCCAGAGUGGGCGGGGUAUAUUAAACAAAGCCCUCUGCAGUGCAAGUAUACCCACUGCAGUUGGCCCAUUAGGAGAAAUGGGGCACUGCCCCACCAACCUUACUUUGCUCUCAGCCUGCCCCCUUCAUCUGCUUUCCUUUCUACUUAAAACUGGUUCAGGGUGUGGCACGGCACAGCAUCCGUUUCCCCCUUGGAUUCAGUUUGCCUUUGCAGAAGAGGGAGGAGGAUGGGGACAAAACCAGAAUUAGUUUGCUUUGCCUGUUAUUAUCUCUAGCGCCAUCUACUGGUGGGCUCCCUGCCUUCUGCCCUACCAUACUCAAUGGGCACCAGCUACCCCUGUGAAGAACUUAGUGCAGUCUAGAGAUAUGCCCACACCUGACCUCUUCAAGAGGAUUUGGAAACCUUUUCUGCCUUCUGCAACCUGCUCCAGAGUUUCAUCAGAGCAGAAUAAACCUGUUCUAGGAUCUGCUCCUCACUUUCCAGAGCCUGGACAUACCCCAAAUGCAUCAUUGUGACACACAUUCAUCCAGCCCAUGGCCUGCAAAUUGCCCAGCCCUCUGCACGACUGCUGUUGCUUCGGAGCACUUCAGCGGUUAAUACUACCCGCGUGGGCUCGUUUGUCAAAUGGAAUAUUUUGGAAUAUUUACAAUUAAGAUGAAAGCUUGAUCUGUGGCUCGGAGUUGCCAAGUGAGCUCUGCCAUCGACGCUAAUCCGUAGUAAUCCCACGUAAUAGCUGGCUGUUGCCUUGGCCUGAUUCUCUUGACAGCUGAUCUGACAUGAGACAUAGGCGAGCAGGUCUGGUGGAGCUGAAGGAUGUCUUUCCGUCGCAAACCUGCCACGCUUUGCACGGCCUUGUUUCUCUGCAGCAGUGGGUGUGCCUUGCCUAUAGUGCUCCUCGCUGGCUGCUCGCCUGGUUGCUGCUAAGUAUCGGGGCUGUAGCAUAACCAUGCUGUGUGUGAAAAUAAGCAACCAUUUUCAAAAUGGGUUCUGAGGGGACACAGUAGGGGAUCACCAUGUCCUCCUGUUGUAGGCAAGCCAGCCUCUUCACUUGUGCUAAUGUGUUAUAGCGCUGCUUUCUAUGUGCAAUCAAAUCAUAGAAUUACAGAACUCUAGAGCUGGAAAGGACCCAAGGGUUAUCUAGUCUAAUAAUAAUAAUAAUAAUAAUAAUAAUAAUAAUAAUAAUUUAUUAUUUGUACCCCAGCCACUCUGGGCGGCUUCCAACAAAGAUUAAAAAUACAUUAAAAUGUCACACAUUAAAAACUUCCCUGAACAGGGCUGACUUCAGAUGUCUUCUAAAUGUCAGGUAGUUGUUUAUCUCUUUGACAUCUGGUGGGAGGGUGUUCCACAGGGUAGGCGCCACUACCGAGAAGGCCCUCUGCCUGGUUCCAUGUAGCUUUGCUUCUCACAAUGAGGGAACCACCAGAAGGCCCUCGGUGCUGGACCUCAGUGUCCGGGCCGAACAAUGUGGAUGGAGACGCUCCUUCAGGUAUACUGGGCCGAGGCCGUUUAGGGCUUUAAAGGUCAACACCAACACUUUGAAUUGUGCUCGGAAACGUAGUCCAACCCCCUGCAAUGCAGGAAUCUCAACUAAGGCAUCCAUGACAGAUAGCCAUCCAACCUCUGCUUAAAAACCCCCAAGGAAGGAGAUUCCAGGACCUCUCGUGGGAGUCCGUUCCACUAUCAAACUGCUCUUUCUGUCAAAAAGUUCUUCCUGAGGUUUAGUCGGAAUCUCCUUUCUUGUGACUUGAAGCCUUGGGUUCGGGUCCUAGCCUCUGGAGCAGGAGAAAACAAGGGUAGGGCCACUAAUGUUACAUCUUGCAGAGAUUUUCCUUGACAUCCAUGGGCUGCUGUCCACUGAAAUUUGAUUUAAGAGAAGCAUUCUGUUGUAGUUGAUAGAAUAUGUUGCUGUAUGUGUCUCCCCCGGGCAGUUUCUCUGGUUUGCAAACGAGCCCAAAUGCUCAGAAAGAUGGGUGACAGGUUCAAAAUGAUGGGUGACAGCCCUUUCUCAUUGUUCCACAGCCGUGCCUUUAGACAAUCCAACCUUUACCUGCUGAAUUGGAGCUUAGUUGAACAUCAUCUCUCUUUGAAUUUUCCGCGGGGGCAGGAUCAGAUUUUCGCAAGGCAUGGCUGCAGAACAACAAAGAAAGCUCUCAAACCCUAUGGAAUUAAUUGGUACACAAUACAAUCGAAAUAUGGGUCAAGCAAAAUUGUGGAUGAGCCCUUGGUUUGGGAUUUGAUACUAAAACUACUUUCUAGGUCUUUGAUGUUGAAUCCGAGCAGUAUUUUUGUGCCCUCUGGUGCUCAUUGGUUGUAAGUGCACAAGCUAUACAGUUAAACAUGCAUGUUGUAGAGCACUCCUAGUAUGUUUCCAUGGAAAGUAGGUCCCUUUUGCCCCUCAAUAUAUCUUUUUGUGUGUGUACAAUCAUGAUGAUUUUUGCUCAUGAUUUUACUAGGAUGGUCACGCUCUCAACACUGUUUGCACCUCCAGAAAUUUGGGCCUGUCACACUGCUUCCUAUCCCAUAAUGUCCUCUCAAAUCAUUCAGUGUCUUGUACCACAAAUGGUUUAUACCACCCCCACCCCCCAGCUUUUGUUGUGCUAUAGAUCCGCUGGACAGUAAUAGUGUGGCAGUAUUGGGAAAGCAUAACAGAACAAACUAAAGCAGGAUGAAUCCACCCAGGAGUGUCAGCUUGGCCCCUCGACCAUGGAUGCCAUGCAGUGUUCAUGGCCCUGGCACUGAAAUUUGUGGGUGCCCAGCCCCUUCAUGGGGAAUUUUCUGUGUACGUGGGCACCCAGGGCCCUGGGAAGUUGGCACCCAUGAAUCUACCACCAGUACACUAAUAUUGUGUCAAUAACAUUUUUUUUUGCAGAACAGACCCAUAACAAAACGCCAUUCUGGAAGAACCCUAAGUUGGAUUUACUUCCAAGUAAAAACGCACAGAAUUUUUGUUCUAUUAUGGGUUUAUCCACCAGUGUCCUCCACCUCAAUUAGAUUUCCCAGCUUUUCGCUGCUGAGAAAUAGACCUGGCUCCAAUUCACAGGUGUGUUAUUUGUGUAAAAUUGCACAGAAAUAAUUUAAAGUAAUUGCCAAGUACAUGCACUUGGAUUUUAUUUAUUUAUUUAUUUAGCAUUACCUGACAUUUUCAGAAGGUAAAAUUAAAAUUCUGUACCACUUCAGACUGCUGGUUGGGGUUAACACCUCCAUUAAAAGACAGCAGCAAAAAUCCCUGCACGCAGAAAGCUAGAUUUCAGGGACUGGGGUUUUAGUCUAGCCUCCUCCCUGACAUACUAGAUUUCUGUGCACAGGGAAUUGUUUUUGUGGACAAGGAGUCAGUUGUGUCCCUCCCUCCCUUCCCUGUAGUCUAAAGAAACAUAAUCCAGACACAGCUUAACUACCUUAUUCAUUCAUUUAAUUUGUUGUUUUAUUUAUUAAAUUGGUAUACCGCGCUUCAUUCAAACACAACAUAAAAAUACAAAAUGAAAACACGAAAUACAUAAUAAAAUGAAAGCAAAACAAAUCAGUAACUCCCGGAUGCGCAUUUAAAAGGCCAUGGGUUGUUGAAUUAAUAUUUUUUGACUGGCACCUGAAGAUAUGCAAUGAAGGUGCCAGGUGAGCCUCCAUAGGGAGAGCAUUCCGCAAGCAAGGAGCCACCACAGAAAAGGCCCUACCCUCUGGACCUCUUGAGGAUGAGGCACACAAAGAAGGGCCUCAAAUAAUGAUCUCAGGGUCUGGGUCGGUUUAUAUGGGGAAAGGUAGUCUUUGACGUAUUGCUGUCCUGAGCCGUUUUAAGGCCUUAUAGAUCAAAACCAGCACUUUGAACUGGGCCUGGAAACUAACAGGCGGCCAGUGCAGUUGGGCCAGGGUCGGUGUAAUAUGCUCAAAAACCACCUUGCCCCCUAUGAGCAACCUGGCCGCUUGUGAGACCUGUGGCGAUUUCUUGCGAUUAGACCUCAACUGCGUUGCCAAGGCAACAUGGGACUAGGCCGCAGGAGAGAUGCUUUUCAGUGGCAACUAACAUGGCCAGAGAAUUGCAUCGCAAGCAGGCACCGUAGUCUGAAAGCUGCAUUCUGGGCGCGUAGGAAGCUCCAAGUCAACGCUUCCUUGACUGAAAUUGUGCGCGCGCAUGCACACCUUGCCAUGUUGCAGGCAUCUGUGUGGCCUACUGAUUUGAGAGCUGAAAUACCCUUCUCAGUUUUCCCUCUUUCGCCACUCUCCCAUGCGCACCCUUCUCUCUGCCUCAGUGCUCUGGGAGACGGGCCUGAGGGGGCCCAAGCCAUUAACUGAACUUGGCCCCCGCAUAGCCCAGAAAAAAGAACUGGUGGAGCGCCAUUUUUAGCCUUUUGCGCGCCCCACCCCACCCUGAACGCACAGAGCGCAUGGCAGAGAGCGAAGGAGAGAGAGAGGCGCCUUCGAGGCUCCAGUCGGGUAGACGGCAGGGCCAAAGCCUUGCAUGUGAGCUCGCCCCACAACAAAGGUUGAGGUUGCACGAUGGUCUACCACCCCCCCCCUGGCGUAGGUGGCUUUCCCCCGGUGACUGCGCAGUCGCCGCUAUCCCAGGGGAUCUGUAGGGACUUCGUGCAUUGCAACGCAAAACUUGUGUUGAAGAGUGUCAUAAACCCCACAAAGCGGGUGAAGAUGGAGGGAAAUGAACAGCCCUGCUUUAUAACAUGCAAAAGUUAAAAUACUGAAGCAGCUUAAAAUGUCCUCCGCUUUUUAAAUGUCUGGGUAGGAAUGUUUUUAACAGGCGCCGCGAAGAGUAUGAGCUUGAUCUCAAUAAGCGGGGAGUUCCAAAGUGCAGCUGCUGCGACACUAAACGACUUUGUUGUUGUUGUUUAGUCGUUUAGUCGUGUCCGGCUCUUUGUGACCCCAUGGACCAGAGCACGCCAGGCACUCCUGUCUUCCACUGCCUCCCUCAGUUUGGUCAAACUCAUGCUGGUAGCUUCGAGAACACUGUCCAGCCAUCUUGUCCUCUGUCGUCCCCUUCUCCUUGUGCCCUCCAUCUUCCUCAACAUCAGGGUCUUUUCCAGGGAGUUUUCUCUUCUCAUGAGGUGGCCAAAGUCUUGGAGUUUCAGCUUCAGGAUCUGUCCUUCCAGUGAGCACUCAGGGCUGAUUUCCUUAAGAAUGGAGAGGUUUGAUCUUCUUGCAGUCCAUGGGACUCUCAAGAGUCUCCUCCAGCACCAUAAUUCAAAGGCAUCAAUUGUUCGGCGAUCAGUCUUCUUUAUGGUCCAGCUCUCACUUCCAUACAUUGCUACUGGGAAAACAACUUAAGUUCUAACAAAUGUGGGACGGUUGUUACGUAUGUGUGCCAAUCCCGCCCCCCCAUCGAAGGAAUUUUGAGUGGGCGUGUGUGAGAUAAGGCAAUCUCAUCAUAGCUGUCAACGUUUUCCUUUUUUUAAGGGAAAUUCCCUUAUUCCGAAUAGGAUUCCUCGCAAGAAAAGGGAAAAGUUGACAGCUAAUUAUCUCAUAGGUUUGGAGUAAGUCAUCUCCCUUUUUUAAAAAAAAUGCCUGUGGCAGCCAUUUUCUGCUGCUACCCACCGCACUCUUAUCAAUAUAGGUGUACCGUCGCUUCAUUUUUUUUGCCCACGAAACACACAAAAAGCAAAAUAACUACUGGCUGUAAGAAACAAAAUUCCAGAAUGUCGCAAUAGAUUGCAGUGUGGGAGGUGUCCCCCCCCCCCCCGGCUUCAUCCCAAAGCGCUGCUGUUGCUGCUGUGACAUUUUAAAAGAUUUGUAGGAAGGAGGAGGAAAUCAGACAGGCCUGGAGGGAUGUGGGGGGACCUGUGAUCUGCCCCAUGUUGCUCCCAUCAUCAGCAUGGGAUGAAGCCACAGAAGAGCUUCUGGGCUGCGUCUAGAACUGAAACGGUGCCAUCAGAUUUUCAUUUUUUUAAAAAAAUGUGACCGUUUGGGGAAGACCCCACUUUUCAUUCGCAGGAUGAAAUAGGUAAUAUAUUUUUUCUCGCUUGCAAAUGUUUGGUUCCUUCUAGCGUGGUUUGCAGAAGGAAGCCAAGUUUUGCUAAGCAUGGUUUGUCUGCCAGAAAGAAAGGCAAGUUUCAUGGUCAUUUGUUUACGCCGAACGUUGAACAACCGCAGAUGUGGGGGGAACUCGUUGAAAAAGGCCCAUGAGCAGAAGGGGCAGAGGAAGUGAAUCUAACGGGGAAGGCAAUUUUUUGUUUUGGUACUAAUGAACUCUGUGCCUUUAUGCAGUCUGGCCAUGUCUACUGGCAAAGUGGUCUUCUUUUGACCAUCUUCAAUGCGAUAACAUUUAUUUAAGUUGCCCCUUAGAGGGCAGAAUUUUUUGAGAAUUAUUGAACGCAGAACAAAAGGGUAUGACGUUGCAUUUCUGCCUUCUGGGAGGUACUUAUGGGCAUUACCACAUUUAAUCUCCCAGAGUUCAGGAAUAUUUUGCAUUCAAGAUCUUGGAAUAUUUACUCCUAGGUGUGUGUGUGUGUGUGUGUGUGUGUGUUUGUGAAGCAGAGGUUUGCACAAAAUCAAGUCUUCAUGCAUCAGGGCCUUGGGAUGCAACAACCUUAUAUGUGUGCCAGGGAAGUAGCUGUGUCUUUCUUACCUCUACACAAAGGUGAAUUUCGACUUCUUGAAGCAGUCAGUGAGCUGGUUUGCAAAAGCUCACAAGAGUUUUGCUUCUUUUGGUUACAGCUCAUAGUUAGUGAAAAGAGAGCUUCGCCACAAAUCCCAGUUUAGAUGGCAUUCUAAGCCAAACUUUGAUUUAGCUCAGCACAUCACAUCAGUUGAAGUAACUGGGGAGGAACAAACUGGCUGUGAGCAUCUAUAUGGGUAUCUGCAUGUUCAUGCAUUCUUGCUAAGCCAGGAUUUAGUGUGUCUUGUGAACCAGGCCAAUAUGUAGCAGGCAGCAAGCACUGGGUUUUGCAUUUGUUAACUUGGCCUCAGUUUUCUGAAAUCUUAAUAUCUAACUCCAGUGCUUUUUUUCUGGGGGUACACAAGGGUACGAAUACCCCUAAACAUUUUGUGAAUCUUUGUAAUUUGUCCAUUUACUGUAUCCCCCCCCCCAAUUUGAACGAUAAAAUGGUGGUUUUCUUGAGUCAAAUUUUUUUUAGAGUACGGUAAAUAUUUUUUAGAGUACUGUAAACAUUUUUUUUAAUAGGAAAAAAGCACUGUCUCACUCCCUCUUUAUUUGUGCUUCUGGGAAGAAAAUGAACAACAGUAGUAUCUUGCAUGAAACGAUGCUAUGAAUAUUAGUCAGGAUAUAGUGGAGGAAUGUUUGAAACCAAUUAAGAAGUUGAUGAGUAUUUGGGGAGGGGGGGGUUGAAUGUGCUGAAAAUGGUCACAAUGGAAAGAAUAGAAAGUGGCGCAUAUCCCAAAGCAGCAAGCUUGGAAGAGAUGGCUAAAUUGCUGCAGGCUUCAGGGAUGGCACUUAGCGCUUGCUGCAUGAUACUGAAGUAAAAUCCAUCCUAGGCAGAUAUUUCUUUGCAAAGAAGCUAGAAGCGUAGAGAAAUUGACUUUUGUCCCUGCUGACAUGUCUCCUGGUACUCGAGUGACAGAUUCCAUUAACUUUAUUAAUGAAUUCAUUGGCUUCGAGGAUUGGGGUAGAGGGAUCUGGAGGAAAGCGGUUUUCCAGGAUGACUUGCGUCUUGCUUAUUCGACACCAAGCGUGAAAAUCGCACUGAGAACUCAAAACUCUGUGCUCAUCAUAAAGCAUGCCAAUCAACAAAAAAAGGUGCAUAUAGAAAAUGUAGCAAUAAACAGCCUUGGUUAGCGUGUUCUCUCAUUAUUAUUUUUGCAGAAUAUUGACAUUUCUGGCAGGGAACUGUGUGGGAACAGAAGGAAAUAAUAGAUGAUGACUAAGGGGAAGGGAAUGUAACUAGAGACUGAAAAAUGUGAUUAGAUGCAGAUCAGGCCAAAAAAACCAAACCUUUCUGCUUAUUAUGCAAAUUUGCAAUCAAUUGCAAUUUGUGUGAAAUGUGCAUUGAGUGCUGUACAUGAGUUUAAUUAGUGCAUCUUCCAAGGAACCAUAACCUGAGGUAACAAGGCCCGCCUCUCAGGAUUUGGCUAGGAAGAAGGGCGGGGUGGGGUGGGGUGUGGGUGCGCCCCCCCAACAAUUCAGUUCACUCUUUACUCUGCUCAUGUGCUUCUCAUGUGACAUCUCACCAGACAUUUUGGGAGGCUAUGGGAAGACUGGAAAGAGUUGUUCCUGUUUUAAGGAUGGGUGGCAGAAAAGCAAUUGUCCAUCUUCCUCUUUACCUAGGUAGAAUAACAAUUAGCCUUUUGAACACUGUGAAGUUAUGGUGGCACCCGAAGGUGCGACAAUAGGUGUGUCCAGGCAUAAAACAGACUAAGCUCCAUGUAGCUCCUGGGAGGAAAGGCAGGUUUAAAAUGGGAUUAAUAGUAAUUUGCAAGUUGGGCGAAGAAUGUCACCAUUUUGAGUAUAUAGAGAGCAUUGUAUAUCUUCUCGUUGAGGUAAGAAAAGGCCACAAGUUCUCACAUUUGCCAUGUUUCAUUUCUGUUCUCUUUGUUCCUGUCAGGCAUGGAUGGGAAGAAAUGCAGCGUAUGGAUGUUCUUACCUCUUGUGUUGACACUGUUUACCUCAGCAGGACUGUGGAUUGUGUAAGUGACCUUUGUGGAUCUUUUAUGGUUUCUGGGUGGAAUAAUUUUCUUUGGAGCGACAUUAGUCAAGGGGUCUUGGCAUGCUUCAGGAUGAACAGUUCUUUCCUGGAAGAACAUUGUUCUGCCAUUCUGCUGAACAACUUGCCUUCUUCCAGGAAUUACCCCUGACAUCCCACCCCUCAUUUAGGUAAAGUGACCCCUGACCAUUAGGUCGAGUCGUGGCCGACUCUGGGGUUGCGGCGCUCAUCUCGCUUUACUGGCCGAGGGAGCCAGCGUUCAGCUUCCGGUCAUAUGGCCAGCAUGACUAAGCCGCUUCUGGCGAACCAGAGCAGCGCACGGAAACGCCGUUUACCUUCCCACCAGAGCGGUACCUAUUUAUCUCUUUGCACUUUGAUGUGCUUUCGAACUGCUAGAUUGGCAGGAGCAGGGACCGAGCAACGGGAGCUCACCCCGUUGCGGGGAUUCGAACCGCCAACCUUCUGAUCGGCAAGCCCUAGGCUCUGUGGUUUAACCCACAGCACCACCCGCAUCCCUUUCCCCCCCUCAUUUAGAAUUGUCUAAAUGUCUUCCUUCCUUUUUUGGCAGGUAUUUUAUAGCAGUAGAAGACAACAACAUUAUUCCGCUAAAUGUGCUGGACAGGUAAUAUAUAUAUAUUUUAAAUCUUACUUUCUAAUGACACAGUCCAUUAUGCUUCACAAAAUCAAAUCAUCAGGGUGAGUUUCAGCACAUGAACUCAAAGCAGUGUUGGGAGCCCUAUUCUGCUGACCCCUACAGAGAAGCAGAAUUAGUUUCCCUGGAAUUUCAUCAUAUAAUCCUUUUAGCUGACUUUACACAGCGAUGCUCUCGGCUAAUAGCCUAGGGCAGUGAUGGCCAAACUUGGCCCUCCAGCUGUUUUGGGACUACAACUCCCAUCAUCCCUAGCUAACAAGACCAGUUGUCAGGGAUGAUGGGAAUUGUAGUCCCAAAACAGCUGGAGGGCCAAGUUUGGCCAUCACUGGCCUAGGGUGUUAUCCACCAAACAGCAAUGUAAAUAGAAGCAAUGGAAGAAAUGAGUGGAAACAGUGCAGAGUUCCUUAUGAAUUGAAAGUUACUCUGCUUGAUUUUGCAGUCUGCUAAUAGCACCUUCCUUUUCUUGCAAUCUACUACUAGCACGUUUUCUUUUUUAAAAGCAAGAGUAGGUCAGGCUUGAAUGAACCACCUUUUGCUUUUUUUAAAACCAGACUUUUAAAGUCCACCAGCUGCAGCCAGUUGCAAAACAGUGGUGCAGACGAUGGAGCCAGUCUUGGUUACCUACUGCACCCAAUGAACCCUGCAUUGGCCUGAAUUAGUGCCUCCCAUUAAAAUGACAGCUAAAGCAGAACAGCAGAAGCCCCUGCCCAGGUGGGGGAAGCAGGAGACAACCUUGCCACAUCCCCUUCCUAGGUAGCAUGCAGGCGAGGGCCAGCAAGGAAACCCCCAUUCCAUCCAUGACCAUGACAGCCUUUCUCACCCUUCCCUGCUGGCUGUCCCUUGUGCUGCUGCUGCCUGCAGCUUUAGUCACAGUUGAGACAACUGUCCAAAGCAGCCUGUUGUCAGGGCCGGCCCAAAACAUUUUGGCACCUGAGGCAGAUCCGAAAAUGGCACCUUUCUCACAUUAGGGAAGAAGAGGUGAGGGAAGAUCUACAUCAAGAACAAGGGGGAAAAGAAAGAUUGGCAUUAGGUUCUGCUGCCCCUGUGGAUUCUGCCACCUGAGGCAGUUGUCUCACCUUGCCUCUUGGUUGGGCCGGCCCUGAAUAAAGAUCUACAUUGGGAUCUGCUGUCCCUGUGGAUUCUUCCGCCUGAGACGGUAGCCUCACCUUGCCUCAUGGAUUGGUCAGCCCUGCCUGGCGUUGACCAGUAGCAACGAAGGCAUCAAAUGGAAGACCACUAGCAUUGCUUCUACUGUCUGUCACAAGCUCUGCAGAUUGGACUGACCCAACACCACCGGUUCCCUUUUAAAUUUGGCAAAUGGUUUGGUGUUGCACACACAUAUACACACCCAUUAGGUAGAGGGAAUCUGUCGCUGCAGGCAGGUCUAAUUCAGGGAUCAGGAACCAGCAGCCUUCCCAAUGUGGUUGGGCUAUAUACAGGGGUCAGCAAACUUUUUCAGCAGGGGGCUGGUCCACUGUCCCUCAGACCUUGUGGGGGGCCAGACUAUAUUUUGGGGGAGGAAAUGAACUAAUUCCUAUGCCCCACAAAUAACCCAGAGAUGCAUUUUAAAUAAAAGCACAUAUUCUACUCACAUAAAAACACCAGGCAGGCCCCACAAAUAACCCAGAGAUGCGUUUUGAAUAAAUGGACACAUUCUACUCAUGUAAAAACACACUGAUUCCCUGACUGUCUGUGGGCCGGAUUUAGAAGGCGAUUGGGCCGGAUCUGGCCCCCGGGCCUUAGUUUGCCUAGCCAUGGGCUAUAACUUCCAUCAUCCCUGACCAUUGGCCAAGCUGGCUGGUGAUGGUGGGAUUGGAGUCCAACCAUUGGAGAGCCACACAGGUUCUCCAUUCCUCUUCUAAACUAAAUCACAUUCAGUAACAUUCAGUAACCAGCCCUGCAAUUCUGACUUGUGUAUGAUUCAUUUCUUUUUUUCAUCCCUUAGGAAGGAAGGUCCCCAAAAGCCUCCUUAUAUAAGGUAAUGAAGUCACUUUCCAUCCUUUAUGUCUUUCCCCCCAAAUAAGGCCCAUUUUUAAACCAGUGGACGAUUUUACUGAUUUAUGCAUCUCUGUUGCAGGCUUAGUUGAAUUACAAUGAUGCGCAUUAUAUUUUUGAAGUAUUGCAGGUGACGCCCCUCCUGCAAGCUGUGUGUUUAGCCAAGUCAUGAACAUGGCAGCAUUUCUAGGUAGGCGUUGCAUGGAGAAUGUCUGGCUUCUUCUUUUAUUUUUUUGUCUCUUCUAAUUUGUGUUAGCAAAUCACCAGGUUCAGCUCAGUAAAUGUUGUCAAGGCGAGGCCCAGUAAUCUGCAGCUAUUCUGGCUUAGUUCUCACUGAGCGGGGUGUUUGGGCUGGACUACCUGAGACUGAAGGUCAUGUGGGGGACUCCUCCUUCAUAAAAAGAAUUGAAAUCUUUCAACACAGAAGAUUAGAAUGUCAGGGAGAAGGCUAGACUAAGUCCCUUCUUCCUGACAUGCUGGAUUUCUGCAUCAGGGUUUCUUUAAUGGAGGAGCAACCAAUCGUAGGAAACCCUACCUAAUCUCAAGUUAUUUAGCUCAGAUGCAGGUUUUAGGCUUGGCAUCAGCAUCUAACAUCUUUGGGCAUGGCCCACCAACUCUGACACCUACCUGGGUUUGGGGUUUACUUAGCAGCAGAGCUGGCUGCCAUUUUAAAUUUCCCACAAUGCCCUGGAGCGACACUACACUGUGUUGUUAAUUAAAAUUUCAGGCAGUUUGCAGCACUGCUCUCUGCCACUGUCAGUAAACCUUCUGGGAAGGGCAGUGUGCGCAUUGUAGGAAUGAUAAUGUUCUUGGGGGCCAACCCAACAUCACUUAGCCAAGUCCCCUCAAAGCUGCUCCAACAUAUUUACUGCCUCUGAGAACUAGACCUGUAAAACAGGGGUGGCUAACCCAUGGCCCGCAGGCAAGAUCCAGACCCGCAAGAGGUUUUGUGGCUCUUGAGACACCCCCCCCCCUGUAAGUUUGUCAUUUUUAAUUUGUAGUGCUAUGGUGCCAAAUGAUUUUUUUUUGUAGCGUUAAAGCCCCUCCAAAAAUUUCCAUUUGUUUUUAAAACAUUUUUACAGACUGCUCCAAUAGGUUCUCAGAUGCGAUACUGCAAUGCCGAAAGAUUUUUUGUGGCCUCCCAAGGCCACUUAAAAUUUGUUCAUUUAAAAAAAGUCUGGUUUUUUUUUUUAAAAAAAGGACAAUUUUUGCAGGUUUCCUUCUGCAAUUUUAUGAUGCCAAAUAUUUUUGUGAUCCACCCAUAAGACCCACCAAAAUUUGUAACAACAACAACAUAACAGCAGCAGCAUUUGUUUUCCCAUACUUCUUUUCCACUUUGGCCUUUGCUCACUUUGACAUGUAGCCCUCAGAGGCCCGCAGCCCAAAAAAGUAAUCCACCCCUACUAUAAAAUAACAUAUGCAAAGGUUGUGUAAAAUAUCCACAUAGUGAAACAUUAUAGUCACCGUAUAUUUUUGCUUGUUUGUUUUUAAUCAUCUCAUUUUUCAGGCAAUAUUUGUUUUUAUUUGCAUGGCACUUGCUAUCAGUUUCUACUGCUUUAAAUCCUGCAUGUGUGUGGGCACAACAAUAAUUUGAUUAUGCAUAUAAUAAAGGUGAUAAUGUACCAUUUGUUAUAUAACGUUCACAACCCUUCUUUUAAUUGAUGGUCAGUAUUUCUUUGCUAGGGUUAGGAACUGAGCCGUAGUAGCCCUAUAGCAGGCUUAUAAAUCUGCGCUCACCUGGUUACCUGGGAUGUGUAAGAAUGGCCUCUGGGUCAUUGGCUAUGCUAGUUAAGGCUGAUGGGAGCUGUGGUCCAAAAUAUCUAGAAGGCUGCCCAUUGGCUACCUCCAGUCUACAUAUAUACAAGGAAGACUCUUCUGACAAAAGUUUAUGGUAUGCUGUUUCAAAUAUAGGGUGACCAGAUCCAAAGGAGUGCAGGGCACCUAUGUGUAGAAGAAGGGAGUUUGGCAGGUAUGUAAACUGGAGCUACCAAAAUUCCUUUUCCUACACCACUGUUAAAAGUACCAAAGGCCUGGCUGCCUUUGCUUCUGGGUCAUCCUUUGUAAGCAAGAUUCAACCACAGUGGAGAUGGUUAAUGGGAGAGAGGCUUCUAGGGUCCUUUCAGGUCUUAAUUGUUCCGGGUGGCGUUGCUUUUGACUGACCAAGAAAUAACUUAGGAGGGAGGCUCUUGCAAGUCCGCUGCCCCAGAAUUAAAAGAGGGCGGAUCCUUUUGCACUUCUCAAGUUCCAUAGCCAGGCUGUGGUGGGUGCAUUUGUAAACCUGUCUGGCAGACCUGUUUGGACCUAGAAUUAUAUUGACGUUUGGAGUCAUAAUUGUGCACGAGUGUCACGUUCUCGUUCCUCAUUUCAGCGCUUGUCGUGGCUGUCCUUCGCUUUAUUCAGCUAAAACCAAAAGUUUUGAAUCCCUGGCUCAAUGUGAGCGGCCUGGUGGCGUUGUGCUUGGCCUCCUUCGGAAUGACUUUGCUGGGCAAUUUCCAGGUAUUGUGUGUGUUCUCUCUCUCUCUCUCUCUCUCUCUCUCUCUCUCUCAUCUUCCCCAAUAACUCUCUCCCUAAGCCACGCCCCUCACCAGACCUCUUUGCACCUUCCGUGAGCGUUUUUUGGCUGGAAUGUGUCUGUGGUCUCUUGAUAAUACCUCUUACUUGCCUGGAUGAAGGAUAGAGAAAGGCGUGAGCGUACAAACUAGCCUGUGCUACAAAGGUAUCCUUUAUAUCCAUUGCUCUGCUGCUUUUAUCUGUCUCCUCCCGCCACUGACAUUUGGCCUCCAGAAGGGCACCCAGAAGGAAAUGUGGCCCUCGAUUGAAAAAUCUUCCCUACCUCCUGUCUGUCCUGAAUGGGAGUGACUCUCCAAGUCCCACGUUGAGGCCUUUCCCAUCACCUGCCAUUUUCAACUAGACAAGCCAGGGGUCGAACCUGGUAUAUUCUGCAUGCAAAAGAUGCGCCCUGCCCCAGAGAUCUGUGCCUGGCAUAUACGGGCGUCUUUUUAAUGUUUCUAGACCACCCUUCUGUUGUCACAUUCCAAGUGGAAUCGAAACACAUGCAAUCGCAUGUUGCUGUUGAUAUGUACAAGCAAAAAAAAAAAUCAGAGGCCAACCAGAGAAUAUUGAGAAGCAAAGCAGCUUGUAAGCUUGAUCUUUAUUGAUCUGUUGCCACAGGGUGCUCCCCUCACCCACAGGAAAGGAGGAGGAACCCAGAACAAUGGCACGCAAGGCCUUAUAUGGACUUUUGAAAUUGCCACCCUGUAGAUCAAGACCAUCCCCAGAAACAUCAUACAUACAUCACAGAAGGGGUGUCACCUAAAACCACCCCUCAGAUACAUCAUACCUACAUCACAGAAAAGGCGGUCUAAAACAGAAAUUUGAAUGUUGUUUUUCUCCUGUCGUUGUUUAUCUCCUGUCUGGCAGGUUACUGGAUUGGGUUGCCUGGGGAGCCUGGCCAGUCUUUUGUAAUGAUAAAUACUUAGUUCCUGGGCCAGGUCGCAGGCUUACACCCUAUUCAAACACAGACAUACCCUCAAGACAGGAUUUGUGAAGGAAAAGACAAUGGGGUGGCUUUUCCAUUUGACCUUGCAGAGAAAACACCUGGUCAGCCUGGGAGUCAAAAUGGCUCCAUGGCUGCUUUCCUGUGCAGCUUCAGACAUGUGGCCUAUAUAUCUAUGUACGUGUUUGCUUGGUACAUUUAUGAACCUUUAUUAUAUACAUAAGACCUUAAUUUAUUUAUUUCAACGUACUACAUCCCCAUAAUCCCUGGCUGUGCUGGCUGGCGCUGAUGGCAGUUAAGAUUCUAACAACAUCUUGGAAACCUGCCAGUUCCCCAUCUAUACAGAAUACUUCGGCCGGAUUCAGUUAUUUGUUUCGGCCACGAGCCAUUAGGAAGUUUACAAAUGUGGUGAUUCAAAUAGUUUACAUAUUAAAACAUAUGUCAGGUCUGCAACAGAACCCAAAAUGUGAAACUUUGUUAAGUUCACAUGGGCCACUCUGGGCGGCUGCCAACAGAAUAUACAAGAACACAACAGAACACCGCAUGUUAAAAGCUUCCAGAUACAGGACUGCCUUCAGAUUUAAUCUGUCCCCCAUCAGAUAAUCUCUCCUUUCACACUAUGCGAUCACAAGGCUCAUUGCUGCUUUUUCUUGUGACACCACAAACGAUGGUCUGUUUGUUUGUUAAUGAUUAAACAGUGAAACAGCCAUGUUUUGUCAGUGUGUCUGAAUUAAGGCAUUGUCUCAUUAGUUUCUAGUUCAAUAGCCUGUUAAUAAUAAUCUACAGUAAAUGUCUAGAACAGAGUUAUUCUAUUAUGAUAGGGAAAGGAGUAUCUGUGCUGGAAGAACCUCUAAACCCCAAACUCUACUGACCUCAUACUGACCAGGAUGGAGGGUGGGGAGGAGAAAGUUGCAGAGGAAAUUAGUAUGCCAGCUAUAGGGCUGGAAUAUUUCACCCUCCUUUUUCUCUCUCUGACUGUGUGUCAAAGGAACAAGCAUUCUUGGUUCAGUGGCUCCGAAAACCUCCCCACUUCUGCCCCAUCACACCCCUUGAACACCCCUUAUUGCCAUUGUGGCUGUUGGAGCACCGACAACAGAGCAGCAAGGGUGGCAGAAGUUUCCAUGUCACAUUAAAGACAGGUCAAGGACAAUAUAUUGUAUUUUAAAAUGGCGUUUCAGAGUUUUUAGGGGUUUUGAAUGUCUUAUGUAGAUUUUUCAGUUUCAUUGUUCUGUAUGGGACAAUGACAAUAAAGAUACCAUAUUGUAUCGUAUCGACUCCUUCACUGCCUGCAGACCUCCUUCUCUGUGGGAGAGAUCUCCUGUAUCCUAUGGCUUCUGGGGUGUGUUCCCGGGGAUUAUAGCACUGUGCCCUAAACGACGGUAAUGUCCCUUCUUCUGUGGCUCCCUUCUCUUCUACCGUACUCUUAAAUGACUCCUCUUCCCCACCUGGCAAAAUCUCUUUAAACACACACACACACACACACACACACACACACACACACUUUUCAAAUUUAUACAUUUCACUGAUUUUACAAUCAUUUUUACAUUUCAAAACUUGACUUCCUUACCCACUUUCCUUAAAUUUAUUUAUAACAUAUUCUGCAUAUCCAAAUUAACUUAAUUUGUUCAUUUACUCAUCUUAUGUAAAUGUAUACUCUUACGAAACUGCAGGUUAUUACAAUAAUCCUGCCAGUGUUUUUAUCUGUUUACAAUUUAUCCAUGAGUAUUCCAUAAACCAUUCCCAUUCUUUUGUAAAAAGUUUGUUAUCUUGAUUUCUUAUUCUUCUAGUAAGUUUCACCAUUUCUGCAUAUUCCAUUAAGUUUUUGUAUCUAUUCUUCCUUUGCUGGGACUUCUUCUUCUUUCCAUUUUUGGGCAAGUAGCAUUCUUGCCGCUAUAGUCGCAUACAUGAAUAAGUUUCUAUACAUUUUGGGUAGUUCUGUCCCUAUAAUUCCCAAGAUUUUGCCCCUGACAAAAUCUCAGUGCACCUUUGCCCAUCGUGUGCUGCUCUUCUUCAGCACCCUAAAGAAGAGUGCAUUGCAUGUGCUUUCAGCAUGCAGGGCAGAGUGGAUCCCUCCCUGCUUUAAAAGGAUCUCCUGCCUAGAUUCAUCUGGCCGCCAGAUGGCAGUUUCUGUAAGUUCAGUAUUUCCAGACAGCUGUUUCUCUUUCAAGCUGUCUCCAUCCUCCUUUUGAGUUUCAUGUUUCCCAACUCCCUCCCUGUCUUGUAUAGAAACGUGGAAUUGUAGAUCCGAAAGGUGCAUGGUCACCUAACCUUCAGCCCUUCUCAUAGAGGUAGGCCCUUCACCCUGAUAUCCCAGCACCCCUGAAAUGAUGGCAUGCUGCAAGUAGGAGAAUCCUGUCUUAUUGUGUUCCUAGCAAGAUCAUCAGCCACCAAUCACAUUGCAUUACAAGCUGCCUUUGAAACGUCGUCAGAUUUUUGCAUGCUCUGCAGCUUGAUGAGAGAAGGGCAAGACCUAUCAAGCCCAUACAGCUAGUGGCUCAGUUCUCAUGGAUUCUGUCCAACGUGCCUGCAGGUCACGGAAUAAAUGUAAGCCGUGUUUUCGUGGGCCAAAAUCUGAUGCCCGCAGAAGCCCGGCUUAGGUGUCGCUUAAUGUCAGGGCCCAGGCUGCUCCAGGCAGAUGAGAUGAUUUAUUUGGCAAAUGUGAGGUAGGGAAUGAUACACCCAUAAAAGGAAAUGGCACAUUUAUAAGAGAACAGGGCAUUUGUGCUGAGGCGUGCAGGAUUUACUACCACUUGCGUAAGAGCCCGCCAUUCCUAUAAAUCCCAAACCCACCUGCUGUCGUAAAGAAAGUACAUUUCAUGUAGAAUUAUUCUUCUAAGUCGAUUAAUAGCAACAGGAGGCCCGUAGGUCAUGUUAUGCUUGCCACUCCCUGCAGCCUGUUAUUGGUGCCAACCAGGACUGGGUUACGGGAGAGGAUGUGGAACAGCACAUCCUCUGUUCCCCAAAGAAUCCUGGGUGCUGUUCAGGGUGCUGAGAAUUGUAGCUCUGUGAGGAGUGGACUAUAGUUCACAGGAUUCUUUAGGAGGGUGCAUUAAACUACAGUUACCAGACUUUUUUCAAUGAAUCCGAGGACACUUCAUUUAUUUCUUUUGAAGCUGAGUAGCAACAGGGAGUCAGUAGUGGGGAUGGUGAGGCAAAAGACCCUGGGCCCAAGCAAAUAUGCAUAUUGUAUAAAGGUGCAAAGCCCUUCUUUUGCACCCUGUGAAACAUAAAUGCUCUGUUUUUAAAAAACUGGGCAACGGCGCGCCACCGUCUGUGACUCCCGUGCCUCCCCCAUUCUCCUUCCCCCUUCCCUCUUUGUUUUGACUGAUCAGGGGAGGCUUAGAAGUCGUGGGGUUUCCCAGUUUUUAAAAAAACUAUGUGCAUUUAUGUUUCACAGGGUGUGAAAUAAGGGCUUUGCACCUUGCCUGGCAGAGAAACCGCGCACCUUGCGCCCCUCCUGGGCAACGGCCACCUGCCUGCGACUCCCGAGCCUCCCCGAUCUGUCAAAACAAAGGGAGAAGGGGGCAGGAGAUCUGUACCGCCGGACGUCCCUGGUUCCCCCUCGGCAGCAGGGGCAAGCAGCUCUUGAAGCCAGCCAGAGCCAACUGUGCUACCAGGCUGGCUCCGGGCUGCUGAGGCUGCCGUUGCCACGUUUCCCAGGGACAGAUUUGCAAAUCUGGGGACUAUCCCCGGAAACCGGGGACAUCUGGUACACCUACUUUAAACACCUUAGUUGCCUCUUCUGAUCUGCUUCAGAAAGGGCAGAAAUGUUUCCUCUUCUUCUCCAGCUCUUCCAUCCUUCUUUACUCCAGGCACGUCUCGGGUGGUCAGAUGCAAAAGACGACAGGGCUCCCGAACUUUUAAUAGCUGUACAGAAGAGAGAAGCUUGGCAGGUGUAACUUGCAUGAUAAGAUACCCCUGUUGAAAACCCCUCUUCUGCACAAAUAUUAAAUGUGCAGGAGCUCCUUUUGCACCUGCCCACCUUAGGCGUGCCUCCGAGCCAUCAGCCUUGAAGGAUUGAGGGGAAAGUAAAGUCAUCCACACAUCAAGGUAUUCUCUCACGCAUGUUGAGUUCAGCAGUGGCAGUAUGACCAGGUUUGCUCUGGGUCCUUAGCAGAACCAUGUAAAGCAGAAUCAUCUGGAGGUUUGAGGGCAAGAGCCUUUUCUGUCAAUCAAAUCAAGGAAGGCCACCAGUUCUGUUGUCUUUGCAGCUUUCGAAUGACGAAGAAAUCCAUAAUGUGGGCACAUCCCUGACCUUUGGUUUCGGCACCCUGGCCUGCUGGAUUCAGUCUGCCCUAACGCUCAAAAUAAACUUGAAGAAUGAAGGAAGGAAAGCUGGGAUCCCACGAGUCGUCUUGUCGGCAGCGAUAACUCUCUGCGUCGUCCUUUGUAUCCUUUAAUUCUGCACAUUUUCUCCAGGUGCCAACUUCUCAUCUCAAAGGCGGAAAGUUCACGAUCUAAUAAAUUAGAGUUUCCAGGCAAUGAACUGUUUGCAUGAGGCUGUAGUUUGCCAUUGCAGUGCAUAUCAGCACAUGUACUGUGAAAUCAAGUCUUAACACUAAUCCCCAGAACUCGUUCAAAUUAUGCAUUUCUGAAACUAUAAAUUCCGCUAAAAUUUAAAUUUUGAUGCAGGCGGUUUUUGUGUGCCAAACAUGUAAGCUUGGAUUUUCAAUGCAGUCCUGUGCCUUAAGUUGUGAUCCUGUACCAACGUACCUGAAAGCAAGCCCUACUAAAUACAAUGGGGCUUACUUCUGGGCAGAAAUGCAUAUAAUUCUGCUCCUAGAGUGAAAUCAUAUACACCCUUAACUGGGAGUAAGUUCAGUUUAUUUCUGAGUAUGUAUGGGAUUGUACUGAGCAAGUCCCAAAUUAGUGACCUGAUGAAAAAUGUGUUUUGACCAAGGGAAGAUGCAUAAUAUGAAUACUCUGUGACCCUUUAGUAACUGCUCUGUUUUAAGAACAUAACCUAAGAGUGUAAGAAGGCGGCUGCCAGAUCAGAUCAAAGGCUUAUUGAGCCCAGCAUCCCUCUUACAGAUGCUUAAGGGAAGGCCGCAAUUUCUUCAACUAUACCAAACCUACAGAAGCCUGAUACUAAUGGCUUGAAAGAACAGAGAUACAAUUCCCCUUAAGCAGUGGUGACAUUAGCAACAUAUGAACCGACAGCUUAUAGACUUAAUUUUCUUUGGAUAAAUUCAAUGGUAUCUGGAAUGGGUGUACACAGAAUAUAUUGGGGUACUGACAAUUAUAUGUGCAUUAGGCUAAUAAGAAUAUACAAAUCUGUAUAUGAAUGUAUGGUAAAGUAUCAGUAUUUUUUUCCUGUGUUACAUUCUCACUCACUUUUUACUUUCUCUCUUUUUUUCUAAAUGCAGUUCUCUUAUUUAUAUAUAUAUAUAUUUUAAAAACACUACAGUGGUACCUCGGGUUACAGACGCUUCAGGUUACAUACGCUUCAGGUUACAGACUCCACUAACCCAGAAACAGUACCUCGGGUUAAGAACUUUGCUUCAGGAUGAGAACAGAAAUCGCGCAGCGGCAGCGCGGCUGCAGAGGGGAGCCCCAUUAGCUAAAGUGGUACCUCAGGUUAAGAACAGUUUCAGGUUAAGAACGGACCUCCAGAACGAAUUAAGUUCUUAACCCAAGGUACCACUGUACUAACCUACAUAACUUGUGAUGCAUUGAGCCAAAUUCAUCCCACUGGACAGCUAUUGUAGUUUGCCAAAUCUGGGUAAAAGAGUUUGUGCUGUCAGUGAAGGGCGGUGGGGAAAGCAUGAGCAUGGCUUACAUGGCUCUGCCCUUGAACUCUGUACACUGAUUUGGGUCUUGUGGACAAAGGCUCCACAGACCUGCUUUCUUUACAAGACCUGAUCCAGGCAUGGGACUGUGGGACAGUGAGCAUAGUCCUGCUUCUCUCUCCCACGUCUUGAGUGAGAUUUCAUUUGUGUAUAUAUAUAUUUUUGUGCGCACAAGGCUACCAUUUCCAGUACAGCUAUUAGCAGGAAUGACUUUGAAUGAAAAUUGUGUAGAUUCUUUUGGUGCAUGGCACAGAGAUCUUGAACAGAAUUUUGGAGGUAGAAUCAUAGAAUCAUAGAGUUGGAAGAGACCACAAGGGCCAUCGAGUCCAACCCCCUGCCAAGCAGGAAACACCAUCAUAGCACUCCUGACACAUGGUUGUCAAGCCUCUGCUUAAAGACCUCCAAAGAAGGAGACUCCACCACACUCCUUGGCAGCAAAUUCCACUGUCGAACAGCUCUUACUGUCAGGAAGUUCUUCCUAAUGUUUAAAACAGGUGCAAAACCAGAGAUCGGUAUUAAAUGGGUGCGGUUUUUAUGAACGUGCCCUCACCGUCACAUGCAAAAUUAGCUUUCCUUUCUCAUCUCUUAUCUCCUUGUUUUGCAUACACACAGCAUUGGAAACUUGCCAGCCUUAUUAUCCCUUUUGCAUGCUUUUCUUCCUGCUAAUGCAGUUCUCAGAAGACAGAGGUAAGGCUCUAAUAAAACAACAGCAGCAAGUUGAGUCUGGUAAAAGAAACAACCCGCGUCAUCUGAAAUGUCCUUACAUAAGCCUUGCGAAAGUAUGAUGAACUCUUGAUGGAUCAGUGUGCUGGUGUAAUAAAGUGGGUGUCUGCAAAGGGGGGGGGAUCUGUUUUAAUACCAAAUGGGGUGCAUAGGAAGGGGAGAAAAACUUGGCCCCCUCCCCUACUUGGCUUCUUUCAGCUGCGAAUUCCCCAUGAAUACUAAAACCCAAAUGGGUUAUGAAAAGGCCCAACCCUCCCAUCGCAUCUUGUGAAGAAUAAAUGAUGCAAAAUAAGAGAUAAUAAUAAUAAUAAUAAUAAUAAUAAUAUUUUAUACCCCACCCAUCUGGCUGGGCUUCCCCAGCCACUCUGGGCGGCUUCCAAGCAAAUAGUAAAAUACAGCAAUACAUCAAACAUUAAAAGUCUCCCUAAACAGGGCUGCCUUCAGAUGUCUUCUAAAAGUUUGGUAGUUGUUGUUCUCUUUGACAUCUGGUGGGAGGGCGAUCCAAGUUCAAGUUAAACAACUCACAGAAUUCUACUUUUUUAGUGCAGAAUUUGGGUUGCCGGGGUGUGAAAUGUUUUCUUUUUUAGCACAGCGUUGACACAGCCCUGCAUGUAAGACAGCCUCAUCCACGUUCUCUUGAGAGCCAGUGUGGUGUAGUGGUUAAGAGCGAUAGACUCAUAAUCUGGUGAACCGGGUUCGUGUCUCCGCUCCUCCACAUGCAGCUGCUGGGUGACCUUGGGCCAGUCACACUUCUUUGAAGUCUCUCAGCCCCACUCACCUCACAGAGUGUUUGUUGUGGGGGAGGAAGGGAAAGGAGAAUGUUAGCCGCUUUGAGACUCCCUAGGGUAGUGAUAAAGCGGGAUAUCUAAUCCAAACUCUUCUUCUUCUUCUCUUCUUCCUGCGCUCGAGCGCCUCCUGCGCAUUUUUCCUUGACGCCUCUCCAGAUUUCAUCUUGAUGUCCCAGAAGUUCCACAUGCACGCUGCGCGGAUACAGUGGGGAAUGGUGAUGUGCUUCCUCUGCUACUUUGGCUCCUUUGCUGUGGAGUUCAGACACUACCGCUUCGAGAUCAUCUGCUCCGAGUACCAGGAGAACUUCCUCAGCUUUUCCGAAAGCCUCUCUGAAGCGUCCGAGUACCAAACAGAUCAGGUGUAA